UUUGCCUUCUCACCGACGACAUCGCAUCGCCAAAAUGUUCAAGAUUCUUCUGCUAGCGGCUCUCGUUCCAGCAGUUCUGCUGCAGAACGCCGACAAUAUUGACUACGAAGAUUGGGAUGUUGUGGCCGUUCGACCUUGCUCCGGUGCCCGGCCACUACCACCGAUUGUUCGCUUCCGUAACUGCCCCGAGGUUCCCUGCUUGCUACCCCGAGGCGACGAUGCCAAAGUGGCCUUAGACUUCACUGCAUUACAAGAUGCCACCACGCUGCGUAGUCAGGUGACAGCAACCGCACUCGGAAUCACCGCUCCCUACGAGCUGCCCGCGGAUCGUGCAGCUGCCUGCAACUGGCUCGUGCAAUCCCGCUGUCCAAUUACUGCCGGAGAAGAUCUGGUUCACCAUCUGAGCAUGCCAAUUACGGCCAUCUAUCCACUGGUCAGUGUUGCUAUUGAGAUGGACCUCGUCGAUGAGACCGGCCAGUCGCAUGCCUGCUACGUCCUUGAUGCCCGCGUUGUUGCCGCGUGAGAGGCCUCCUAACUUUUGGCAUGCUCUUUGGUUGAUCUGUUAAAAUGUUUUAAUGAACUGUGAAUAGCUAGUGUUAUUCGGUAAACGUAACCGUGACAAAUAAAGAAUAAGUUUAAAACAUAAUUUAAAA